AUGGAGGAAACGCAGCCGUUGUUGAUAGCUUCAUUGCCUGAGGCACCAAGAAAGCCGAAGUCAAAAGUACAGAAAAUGGCGAGGAAAGCAUUCAAAGGAACAGCCCAUCUCUCUAAUCUCCUCCCGACCGGUUCGGUAAUGGGUUUUCAAAUAAUGUGUCCUGUCCUAUCUCAUCAGGGUCAGUGUCCGACCAUCGCCAGUCGCUGGCUCACCUGCUUCCUCGUCUUCGUCUGCGCCGUCUCUUGCUUCCUCCUUUCCUUCACCGACUCCUUCAGAGACCCACGCGGCAAGGUCAGGUACGGCUUGGCGACGCGGAGUGGUUUAUCUGUGAUGGAAGGAACGAUUACUCUAACGGACGAGGAGAAGGAGAAGUAUAAGCUCAGGUUUCUUGAUUUUGUGCAUGCAUUCAUGUCCAUGCUCGUCUUCUUUGCAAUCUCCAUGAUUGAUCAGAACGUGAUCCGUUGUCUAUUCCCUGUUCCUUCUGAAGACAUCAAAGAGCUUCUCACCAGUUUGCCUAUCAUCAUCGGCGUUAUAUGCGGCGGCUUCUUCCUUGUGUGCCCCACUCGCCGUCACGGCAUUGGAUCUCCACUCACCAAAGAAUAA